GGGAACGAAGAAGAGUUCAAGGUUUUCUUAAACCAGGUGUACCAGAAAAUCCAAGUCAACGUUGACGCAAAGAUCCAGGUUAAAAAGAACGUUUAUGAUAAGAUAGCCAAGAUCAUGGCAAAAGUAGCAAAGUACGAUCCUUGUUACAACUUCAGAGUUGAGUUCAAGGGCUCCACCUACGAGGGCCUGAAAAUCGACAAACCAGACGAGUUCGAUUUCUCAUUGGUAAACGACAAUUGGGCCGGCAAGAUUUCUCUUCUGGAAGAUGCAACCACGCCCGUCGGCUUUGGCUACGCGGUACAGACCGUUAAGACAUGCCUAGAUAAGUUUAAAAUACCAGGAACUAGGCGCAUUGAUGCUGGCAAAGUCAGAUGGCAUUUACGCGAGUUGGUGGAGAAAGCGAUAGAAGAGUCAGGACUGCAAGGACACAUAGUGAAGCGACCCUGGGAAGGGGGACCUGUAGUCACGUUUGAAAUCCUAUGGCCAGGGUUUCCUUUUAUAAGCAUCGAUUUGGCAAUAAGUUUAGAACUUCAGCAUUGGCCACCCGAAGCUAGAUCACCACCUCCCGGCAUUAAGAAUCCAAGGGCGGAGCUUGUACCCAAAGUAAAACCUGGAGCAAACCCAGCAUUUUGGCUAAUUUCCUCUGCCAAGGUCGAAUCACAGAUCAUGCAAAAUAUCGACAACGACGGCGGAUGCCGAAAAAAAGUCCUUCAGCUGGCUAAGUACUUCAUGGGAAAAGGUCUGUCAAAGUGGCAUCCACUAGCCACGUACCACCUUAAAACCAUUUUGUUCCAUAUGAAUGAUCGCUGGAAGUUAACCGGCGACUGGGCACAAGGAAAGCUAGUCACCCGGUUUAGGGAGUUAAUUGAUCGCCUUUUGGGGCACAUCCAAAAAGAAUCUCUUCCAAGUUUUUUCAUGCCCGGUUUGAACUUGUUCGAGGAUAAGCCGAACAUCAAAUCUGCUAAAACAGGAAUCGAUCUAUUUUUGAAGAUGCUUAAAAGUAACCCACAGGAUUUGAUGAGG